AUGUCCGACUCUAGUGAUGAGGAUGUGGACCUGUACGAGAAUGAUAGCUUUGAUGAUGACGGCGACGACGAUGGCGAGGAAGAGGUGCUAGCUAGCAGCGACGACGAUGAUGAUGAUGACGAUGAUGAAAACGGCGAAGAAGUGGAAGGACUUCAGGCGAAGACGGACAAGUUCAGUCGCUUCAAGAUUGAGCGGAAGAAGGAUGACAUGGCCAGUGACAUUGAGGAGGAUGACGAGGACGACGGGCUGCCCAGUUCACAGGCGUGGGGUGCCAAUAAGCAAAUCUUCUACGACACGGACUUUGUCGAUAAGGACUACCGAAGUCAAAAGGCAAAAGAGGAAGAUCUAGCAAAGUACGAAGAGGAGGAGGCGCUGGCGAUUCAGAAGCGCCUGCUGACUUCGGUCAACGAGAAAGACCUCGGCUUGGACUUUCUAUUUGACGCCAAGCCGACACAAACAAAAGCAACCGAAUCUUCAACAGGAGAAAAUGAGGAAGAGAAACAAAAGGACCGCCUCAGGCGGGAAAAGGUGGGCCUCAACCUGUCUGCUUUGAACCGAGGGCAAAAGCUGGCCAUAAUUCGAAAAGAGACGCCCGAGCUGGAGCCACUGCUCGCCGACAUGAGGCGUUACCUGGCCGAGCUCAAGGACGACCUUGAGCCGGCUCUUCACCGCCUGAAGAGCUGUCCUAGGGCGCAAUCGACGCCCGGUCUCCGCUACUUGCAGCUUCGUUUCCGCCUGCUCCUCAACUACUGCACCAACAUCUCCUUCUACUUCUCGCUGGUGGCCAGCCCCGCUGAACGGUCCAAAGAUCACCUUCUGCGAGAUCAUCCCGUCAUUCGGGAGCUCUUCCGCCACAAGAAGCUCAUCGCCGAGCUGGACGCAGUCCGAAAGGAGAAGGGCGGCAAGAGCUUUGAAGCGGAACUCGAACUGCUGGCAAAGAGUAUUGCCCAGAAGGGUGAGAAGCUGGUCUUUGUCAGUAAAGAGCCAGCUAAGGAGACGGCAAAUGAUGAAGAGCAAAUCGAAACAGCCGGCGUUUCGAAAACCACCAAAAAAUCUUCUGCUUCGCUUGAUGAUGAUGACGAUCUCGACGAGGACGACUUUGAGGGUGAUGAGGGUGAAGAGGAAGAGGAGGAAGGCGACGGCAAGCGGGCCAUCACCUACGCCAUGGAGAAGAACAAGGGCCUGAUACCGAAGCGGAAGCGAGAGCAGCGCAACCCGCGCGUCAAGUACCGCAAGAAGUUCGACCGGGCGACGCAGCGUCGCAAGGGCCAGGUGCGCGAGCCGAGAAAGGAGGUGAAGAAGUACGGCGGAGAGCUGACCGGCAUCAACGCCCGCACUGUGAAGAGUGUCAAGUUCCACUAG